GGGACCUGAGACUUCAUUGGGAGGUGGGGGUGGAAGGAACAGAUGAGGACCGCAAGGCUACGGUGGAUGGAGGGUCUGGAAGUCAUCUGUGCUCUCCAUAGCCCCAGCACCCUGAGUCUCCACCUUGUUCUUCUGUGUCUCCCACUCCGCUGGAAUGAGUCUCCCUGUCAGUUGCAGGGAUCCAGAGCCUCAACCAAGAGGAGCGCCUGUUUGCUGACCUGAUGAGAAACUAUGACCCCCAUCUGCGGCCCGCUGAGCACGACUCAGAUGUGGUCAACGUCAGCCUGAAGCUUACCCUGACCAACCUCAUCUCCCUGAAUGAGCGAGAAGAGGCCCUCACAACCAACGUCUGGAUAGAAAUGCAGUGGUGUGAUUAUCGCCUGCGCUGGGACCCACAAGACUAUGAAGGCCUGUGGAUACUGAGGGUGCCAUCCACCAUGGUCUGGAGGCCAGAUAUCGUGUUGGAGAACAAUGUGGAUGGUGUGUUCGAGGUGGCCCUCUACUGCAACGUGCUCGUGUCCCCUGACGGUUGUAUCUACUGGCUGCCACCUGCCAUCUUCCGCUCCUCCUGCUCCAUCUCUGUCACCUACUUCCCCUUCGAUUGGCAGAACUGCUCUCUCAUCUUCCAGUCUCAGACUUACAGCACCAGUGAGAUUAACCUGCAGCUGAGCCAGGAAGAUGGACAAGCCAUUGAGUGGAUCUUCAUCGACCCCGAGGCUUUCACAGAGAAUGGAGAAUGGGCCAUCCGGCAUCGACCAGCCAAGAUGCUACUGGACCCUGUGGCACCAGCAGAGGAGGCAGGCCACCAAAAAGUGGUUUUCUACCUGCUCAUCCAGCGCAAGCCCCUCUUCUACGUCAUCAACAUCAUCGCCCCCUGCGUGCUCAUUUCCUCCGUUGCUAUCCUCAUCUACUUCCUUCCUGCCAAGGCGGGCGGCCAGAAAUGUACAGUGGCCAUCAACGUGCUCCUGGCCCAGACCGUCUUCCUUUUCCUCGUGGCCAAGAAGGUGCCUGAGACCUCCCAGGCAGUGCCGCUCAUCAGCAAGUACCUGACCUUCCUCAUGGUGGUGACCAUCCUCAUCGUCGUGAACUCAGUGGUGGUGCUCAACGUGUCCUUGAGGUCCCCCCACACACACUCCAUGGCCCGGGGGGUCCGCAAGGUGUUCCUGAGGCUCCUGCCCCAGCUGUUAAGGAUGCAUGUGCGCCCACGGGGCCCCACUCCUGUCCAGGAUGCCCGGUUGCGGCUCCAGAAUGGCUCCUCCUCGGGAUGGCCCAUCACAACUCGGGAGGAAGGGGGUCUCUAUCUCCCACGCAGUGAACUCCUCUUCAGACAGAGGCAGCGCAAUGGAUUGGUGCAAGCUGCACUAGAAAAGUUAGCAGAAAAUGGGCCAGAAAUGAGACAGAGCCAGGAGUUCUGUGGAAGCCUGAAGCAAGCCUCCCCAGCCAUCCAGGCCUGUGUGGAGGCCUGUAACCUCAUGGCCCGUGCCCGGCGCCAGCAGAGUCACUUUGACAGUGGGAAUGAGGAGUGGUUCCUGGUGGGCCGUGUGCUGGACCGUGUCUGUUUCCUGGCCAUGCUCUCUCUCUUCAUCUGUGGCACGGCCGGCAUCUUCCUGAUGGCCCACUAUAAUCGGGUGCCUGACCUGCCAUUCCCUGGAGACCCUCGCCCCUACUUGCCUUUGCCAGACUGAGUCAACCAAUCACUCCUGGGCCCUGGAAUCAGUUAUAUAUGGGCCAUGCUGUCUAUGAAGCUGUAUUCUGGGUUGGG